ACCUUUUCUUUGUCCUCGUUCACACUUGUUUCUUCUUCUUCGCCUUCUGCUUCUGCUGUGCCUGCGGGAGCUUGGGAUUGAGUUUGCAGCUUCGAAAUGUGUUUCGGGAAUGUCAUCCAAGGCUCUGCUUAGAUGGAUCUUCAGCUCCAAGGAGGCCCCCUCCUCUGAAGAACCCACCAUGGCCGACCCCGACGGCAGCCCCGACCCGCCGUCCCCGCCCCCGCCCCCGCCGCCGCCGCAAUCGGUCGCCAGGCCCGAUCCCACGACGCCCGAUCCCGAUCGGGCGGCGGAGAACCAGCUGGCGGAGGAGUUGGUGCGCCUCUGUGUUGGGGGAGCAUCGGAACCGUCGGUCGUCGAAGACGGAGGAGGAGCCGAGAAGGGCUCGGGCGCGGACGCGGACGCGGACGCUCGCGGGGCGGAGGACGGCGACGGCAAGAGCGGAGGAGAGAGCGGCGACGACGGGGAGAAGGAGGAGAAUGGGGAUAGCCAGAGCGACGACGAGAAGAGAGAGGAGAGGAGGAGGGUUAAUAAGUAUCCGGUGAGGCCUGAGGCGGAGGACUGCUCCUUUUAUAUCAAGACGGGCACUUGUAAAUUUGGAUCCAAUUGCAAGUUCAAUCAUCCAGUGCGACGGAAGAAUCAGGUUGCGAAGGAUAAGGUGAAGGACAAGGAAGAACCAAAAGAGAGGCUAGGACAGACAGAAUGCAAGUAUUACUUAAAAACAGGAGGUUGUAAAUAUGGCAAAGCUUGUAGAUACAACCACUCCAGGCCAAAAGCAUUUGUAACCCCCUUUGUAGAGCUUAACUUUUUGGGCCUGCCCAUCAGACCGGGAGAGAAAGAAUGUCCGUUUUACAUGCGUAAUGGAUCCUGCAAGUAUGCAGCUAAUUGCAGGUAUAAUCAUCCUGACCCCACUGCCGGAGGAGGUGACCCUCCUUCAGAAUAUGGUAAUGGGGGGUCUGCUUCAUUGCAAAGUGCAUCACAAUUUCCGGUGGCAUCAUGGUCAUCACAAGGAACAUUGAACGAUGCUGCGCCAUUUGUACCUAUGAUGUAUUCUCCAAACCACGGGGUGUCAUCGCACAAUGCGGAAUGGAACGGUUAUCAGUUUCCCGUCAAUCCACCGGGACCAGUUGUGCGCCCUCCUUCAGCAUAUAUCAUGAAGCACCCCGUGACUGAUAGCCAUAUCUAUACCCAUCAUCAGAUGGUGAUCGAUGAAUUUCCAGAACGACCUGGCCAACCUGACUGCAGUUACUUUCUGAAAACUGGGGAUUGUAAGUUCAGGUCUAAUUGCAAAUAUCACCAUCCGAAGGAUCGAAUCUCAAAGUCACCUCCGGUUGUGCUGAGUGACAAGGGCCUUCCAUUGAGACCGGAUCAGAGCAUCUGCUCAUAUUACAGCCGCUAUGGCAUUUGCAAGUUUGGUCCUGCUUGCAGAUUUGACCAUCCCGUGCACUUGGCUCCAUCAACCAUGUCCGGACUAGAUCAGCCAUCUUCAGUUGGCGACUCUGCCACAAGUGAUGGGCCAAUGAUAGAUGGGACAAGGAGUUCAAACGAUGCUAUUCAGCAAUCUGUAUAGCUCAACUGCUUUCUAGCUUUGUAGGCUUUAGUCUCCCUGGCUUCAUUUCUUCUCUUGAACAUGAAGAAUUCUAACUUAUGUCCAGCUACCCCGAGAUCUCCAGUGAGUGGUGCUUUCUUCCAAUGUUGUUAACUGGUUAGUACUUAAAUAAUUGUAUAUUGUCUCAGUUUUAGGCUUAUUUUGGGACUUUUCUGGUUGCGGGAUUGGUGGUUAUCAGUGAAACUGCUAAUCAGGAAUAGGCAAAAACAGCGAAGUUGUGCAAGGCACAAAUCGUUUUUUGUA